CAGACCUGCUCCUUGUUUCACAGGUGUGGUGGCUGCUGCAGGUUGAAGUCGACACACUGUCAGAGCUGAAGAUGGCCGACUGAAGUUCAGCAGGACAGAAAAUAAAAAUACAGAUUAAACAGCCGACUGAACAAAAGGAGAAGAAAUGAGAUUAAAAUAAGAGGAAAUCAAACAUCUGGACACAAAGUCUCAUCGUUACACUCAGCUCCUCUCUUCAUCCUCCUCCUCCUCUUCAUCAUGCCGACCAUCCACCAGCCUACACCAAUCUCUCCUCCGGUAUCUCAUGUGACGCCUUUAGAGACUCCGCCCUUCACCUCCCUCCUGCCGGUGACCUCUCACCCCAUCACCAACAUCACCACCUUCCCCACCUCCACCCACACUAACUCCACCGCUAAUCCAGCUGCCGUCGCCGUCGCAGGCUUCGUUAACAAUAUUCUGAAUAAGAUCCCCUUGCCUCGCUGGGCGGUGUACGCCAUCUUUGCGGUCGGCGCUGUGCUGAUUCUGCUCUGCUGUCUGUGUACCUGCAUCUACUGCUGCCGCAAAAGGAAUAAGAAUAAGAAGCGGCAGAAGAAGAGUAAGGAGAACAUCAGUCUGAACGGCGUGAACGGAAAAACCACCACAGCUCUGGUUCAGCCUGAUGUGACCGAUGUGGACUACGGCUCGACCAAACAGCAGAGAGGGAAGAUGCUCUACUCUCUGGACUACAACGCUGCUCAGUCUGAGCUCACAGUCGGGAUCAAACAAGCCAACAGCCUGAUGGCCAUGGACCUGGGAGGAAACUCGGACCCAUACGUCAAAGUCUACAUCCUCCCCAACAAAUCCAAAACCUUCGAGACCAAAGUGUUCAGAAGCACGCUGAACCCCGUCUUCAACGAACAAUUCGCCUUCCAGAUAUCCAAGUCUUCCCUCCUGAAGUCGACGGUGGUGAUGCAGGUUUUUGACUUCAACAGAUUCUCCAAACACAACAUCAUCGGUGAGCUCAGGGUGCAGCUCUGCAACGUCGACUGGAACCACGUCAUCGAGGAGUGGCAGGACCUCGCCGAGCCCGCCAAGUUUGAGGAAGAAAACCUGGGAGAGAUCUGCCUCUCUCUGCGUUACGUUCCCACCGCCGCCAAACUGACCGUGGUGAUCCUGGAGGCCAAAAACCUGAAGAGCAUGGACACCAUCGGAACUUCAGAUCCCUACGUGAAGGUGCAGCUGGCUCUGGACAAGAGGAAGUGGAGGAAAAGGAAGACGUCUACUAAAAAGAAGACGCUGAACCCGUAUUACAACGAGUCCUUCACCUUCGACGUGACAUUUGAACAAAUCCAGAGGGUCAACCUGGUGAUCUCCGUGUGGGACCACGACGCCAUAUCCCGAAACGACGCCAUGGGGAAAAUCUUCCUGGGCUGCGACGCCUCGGGGAACCAGCUGAGGCACUGGGCCGACAUGUUGUCCAACCCGCGGCGGCCGGUCGCUCAGUGGCACAGCCUGCUGUCGGCCGAGCAGGUGAACUCCACCCUGUCCCUGAAGAAGAAAAUCCCCCUGCAGCACAAACUGCCCAAACUGCACUAGUUGUUUACACCAACAUGAUGUCGUCCAACAUCAAAAUGUUUCAAAUGCAUCGAGCAGAUUCACUGUGUAUAAAUAAUUUCUCAGCUGCUCUUCUUAAAUCUGAUUACUUUAUAUUUUUUCAUUUAAGAUUAACAAUUAUAUUUUGCUAUUAAAUUUAAGUUAUAAAUCAUAUUGACAUUUCAAACCCAAGCACUUUGGUCUUAAUUGUAUCGUAUAAAAAUAACAAGUUUUCUGUGUUAUGUAUUAAACAUGUAAUCACAUCUAUGUGAUGACGAUUGACUCCACUUAUUUCAAAUGUUUACACAGUCAGGUCAUUGAAAACCUUCUGGAAGGAUAUUUAUUUGAAGUAACGAUUAUUUGUGUUGAAUUUUCUUGAAUAUUUACUAAAAACACACAUUAUGUAACUUUUUUAUACUAAAGAUUUUCUAGCUUUCAGCCUUGAAAAAAACAAUUUAUUAUUAAAUCAA